AUGACGCAGUACAUAUUGAUCUGCUUUAUUGGAUACGCAUGGGCUUCACGGCCGCAUGGAUUCUCAGGCACACUUGUAGACUUUACAGAUCCAAAGGUUCAAGGUCACUUGGAUGCCUUGGUACGGAUGGCGCAAUCUUGUGUCAUAAAAGUACGAGCUACUCCGAAAGACGUCAGAGCCUAUUUCACCAACUCGCCGCCGAUCACGAGGUCGGGGCAAUGCUUUGCUGCGUGCAUGCUUGAACAGAGUGACGUCAUCAAUCAUGGAAAGGUUAACCGGGAUCUACUGAUUCAUUUAGCCGGGCUGGUCAACGGCAAGAAUUCCCGUGUAGUACGCAAACUGCACAGCAUAUCUCGUCUCUGUCUGGACAGCAUUGAGGGCAUGUCUGACAGAUGUCAGCUUGCAUCCACCUACAACGACUGUCUGAAUGAGAACAUGAUUGAAUUCGCCUUCCCUCUCGACUUGGCUGAGGAGGCGGUGAGGAAAAUGCCGUUCCAUUUGAUACAACCGAACCUACCACAAGAAUUAAGACAGACGUCGUUUUAAAGUCAGCUAUUUGAAAGUUUAUAUUUUUCUACAAAUAAAAUUAUUCCU